AUGGAAAAACACAAAGAGGACAAUCAGACAUCUCCCAUGGAGUUCCUGCUGCUGGGAAUGGGGAAUACGCCCACACUCCAGAUUCCUCUCUUCCUACUAUCACUCAUCAUUUAUUUGGUGACUGUGAUUGGGAAUAUCCUCAUAGUUGUGCUGGUGGUGUCAGAGCAGCAUCUGCACACCCCCAUGUACAUUUUCCUGGGCACUCUGUCCUCCUUGGAGACCUGGUACAGCUCCACCAUCCUGCCACGGCUGCUGGCUAGCUUCAUAACAGGGGACAGGACCAUCUCUGUUCAUGGCUGUAUGGCUCAGUUCUACUUCUUCAGCUCUUUUGUAGCCACUGAAUGUUACCUGCUGGGGGCCAUGUCCUAUGACCGCUACUUGGCUAUAUGCCAGCCCCUCUAUGUAAGCCUCAUGACCUGGAAGAUCUGUCUACAGCUGGUGGCUGCAUCUUGGCUAGUGGGUAUGCUGGUGUCUGCAACAGUCACAGCCUUUUUAUCCCAGAUGAAUUUCUGUGACCAUAAGACAAUCGACCACUUCUUCUGUGACUUUACCCCUCUGCUGGAGCUUUCCUGCAGUGACACCAGUGUGGUCACACUCGUAUCUUUCAUUGUGUCUUUCCUGAGCAUUAUCUUCCCCUUCUUUUCUACACUGGUCUCCUAUGUAUGCAUCAUAGCUGCCAUCCUGAGGAUCCCAUCCAGCAUGGGCAGGCAGAAGGCCUUCUCCACCUGCUCCUCUCACCUCAUUGCUGUCACUGUUUUCUAUGUCACCCUCCUCAUUGUCUACCUGCUGCCCAGAACAGCUCCGCUGAGGCAGCUCAACAAAGUGUUCUCCUUUUUCUACACCAUCCUGACGCCCCUGGUCAAUCCCCUCAUCUAUAGUCUGAGAAACAGAGAGUUCAGGGAGGCCCUGAGGAAAGUGCUCAGGAAAGUCACAGCCAGCACCUAG